UCACUGGACUGAGCGAAGAAAGACGGUUCAGUGGCAUUCGAUUGUGAAUCUUGUUCAAAUUGUACCUCUUCCCAGCAAUUGUAAAACAUACUGUGGUUUUCAUGCCAGAGGAGGUGUGGCUGAUUGAGGUAACAGGGUUGGUGGAGAGGUGAAGGUAUCAUAUAGCAGCUAUAAAACAGCCAAGGGAACUCAACAAGGACAUUUCUGCUGAGAUACUUUCGGACCAUACAGCACCAGUGACACCAUGAGGUUCCAGGCUCUGUUCUUUCUCCUGCUCCUGGCAUGCAUGUACCUCACUCUGGCUCAAGGGUCGUAUGAGAACUGCUGUCUGAGGCAUGUUACUGGCCUGAAGAAGAGUACCAAGAGGAAUGUUGUAAGCUACAGGAUACAGGAAACAGAUGGAGGCUGCAACAUCAAGGCCGUCGUGUUCACACUGAAGAAAGGGAAGACUGUUUGUGCCAAUCCCAGCCACAAAUGGGUACAGUAUCUGAGGACUGUUGUUGAUAAGACUCCAGGGAAUGAGGGGAUGUAGUUGAUCAGUUGCUUCGUUGGAGGAACUUUCAACCAGUGUAUGCCAAUUUCCAUAAAUAGGACAGUCAUAUCAUCCUGUAACUAGAAUGUGAACUUCAUCAUUAUAUUACUCAUUAUAUUACAGUUUGGCUGAAUGAGUUUAUAUUACAUGCUUUUGGGAGGAUACCUGAGAUUCCAUGGUUUAGAUGGCUGUUAGCAUGAGGUGACUAACCGUGCCUGCUUGUAAUGUGCCACGGCAGCUUAGCAUUAUUGUGUGUGAGGGACGGAGGGGGUGGAGCGGGGGGGGGUUAUUCACUAACCUCAUGGGUACCGGAAAUCCCCCAGAAGUCCUCACAAGGAUAGUCAAUUAGGGAACAUUUUCCCUCAUGGGGACAUUUCCCACAUCCCCAUGAGGACAAAGGCUAUUUUAAGCUUAGGGUUUAGGUUUAGGUUCAGGGUUAGGUUUCGGGUUAGGGUUCAGGUUAGGGGUUAGGGAAAAUAGCAUUUUGAAUGGAAAUCAUGGGUACCGGAAAUCCCCCAGAAGUCCUCACAAGGAUAGUCAAUUAGGGAACAUUUUCCCUCAUGGGGACAUUUCCUACAUCCCCUUGAGGGCAAAGGCUAUUUUAAGCUUAGGGGUUAGGUUUAGGUUCAGGGUUAGGUUUCGGGUUAGGGUUCAGGUUAGGGGUUAGGGAAAAUAGGAUUUUGAAUGGAAAUCAAUUUUAGGUGGGGGGGUGGGGCAGAAUGCAUUGAAAAGCUACAAUUACUAUUUUGUUAAACCUUGAGACACUACAUGACCAAAAGUAUGUGGACACCUGCUCUAGCCGAACAUCUCAUUCCAAAAUUAUGGCAUUAAUAUGGAGUUGGUCCCCCCUUUGCUGCUAUAACAGCCUCCACUCUCCUGGGAAGGCGUUCCACUUUAUGUUGGAACCUUGCUGCGGGGACUUGCUUCCAUUCAGCCACAAGAACAAAUGUGAGGUCGGCAUUGAUGAUGGGGGAUUAGGCCUGGCUCACAGUCGAUGUUCCAAUUCAUCCCAAAGGUGUUAAAUGGGGUUGAGGUCAGGGCUCUGUGUAUGCCAGUCAAGUUCUUCCACACCGAUCUCGACAAACCAUUUCUGUAUGGACCUCACUUUGUGCAAGGGGGCAUUGGCAUGGUAAAAGAAGAAAGGGCCUUCCCCAAACUGUUUGUCACAAUGUUGGAAGCACAUAAUCAUCUAGAAUGUCACUGUUUGCUGUAGCUUUAAGAUUUCCCUUCACUGGAACUAAGGGGCCUAGCCCGACCCAUGAAUAACAGCCCCAGACCAUUAUUCCUCCUCCACCAAACUUUACAGUUGGCACUAUGCAUUGGGACAGGUAGAGUUCUCCUGGCAUCCGCCAAACAAAGAUUCAUCCGUCGGACUGCCAGAUGAUUUAGCGUGAUUCAUCACUCCAGAGAGCGCGCUUCCACUGCUCCAGUCCAAUGGCGGUGAGCUUUACAACACUCCAGCUGCUUAGCAUUGCACAUGGUGAUUUUAGGCUUGUGUGCCAGAGGCAGUUUGGAACUCGGUAGUGAGUGUUGUAACCGAGAACAGACCAUUUUUAUGCACUGAGUGCUUCAGCACUCGGCGGUCGCGUUCUGUGAGCUUGUGUGGCCUACCCCUUUUACGGCUGAGCAGUUGUUGCUCCUAGGCGUUUCCACUUCACAAUAACAGCACUUAAAGUUGCCCGGGGUAGCUCUAGUAUGGCAGAAAUUUCACAAACUGACUUGUUGGAAAGGUAGCAUUCUAUGACGGUGCCACGUUGAAAGUCACUGAGCUCUUCAGUAAGGCCAUUCUACUGCCAAGGUUUGUCUUUGGAGAUUGCGUGGCUGUGUGCUCGAUUUUAUACACCUGUCAGCAACAGGUGUGGCUGAAAUAGCCGAAUCCACUCAUUUGAAAGGGUGUCCACAUACUUUUGUAUAUAUAGCAUAUUUUUCUAUCAGUACUAUGUGUUAAAAGCAAUAUUUGUAUAACUUCACAUUUGUAAUAAAGCAAAAAUAAUCUCCCCUU